AUGUUUUGUCAUGUUAGCAGCCAUUUCUCUUCAAAAUGGAACGUUAAGUCAAUGAAUUAUAUGAGUGUAAUGCUUAUAUUACUGAUAAAAGCGAUUGUGCUACAAUCGAAUUCACCUGUCAUAAAUGCGAAUGAAGGAGUUAACAAUCUCAGCUCACCAGAAGAACAACAGAGGGUUCAAAAUUUGGCAAAACUGAUGACACUCUUCUAUUCAAGUGAUGCGUUCAACAAGUACAUGGAGAAUCUUGAUGCAUAUUAUAUGCUUCGAGGAAGACCAAGGUUUGGAAAGCGCAGUCCAUACACAAUAGAUGAUAAUGAUGCUGUUAUUAGAAAUCAUCUACUUAACAAUCAUCGACGUCAAAAGCUAUUGAGGAAAUAUCUACCUCACAAUGGUGAUAAUGAAUUUGAUGAUGGUCUAACCAGAAAAUGA